CGAAACCUUCGCGGGGUCUUCGCCUGCGCGUCUGGGUGAGGCGGGGGACUGAGCGGACCUUGGCGCACAACUGCCGGGAGUUCCGCUCCCCGGGGGCGCGAGUCGAGGGAACCCAGGUUAGAUACCCGCCGAGGCUUGGCGCGACCGGACUGUGCGGGGCCUCGGAAACCUCCAUCCUCUCAGUUCCGUGGCCUUCCUCUCCCGGGCCUGAGGUUGGCCGCGCCGGAGGCUGGGGUCCUUGGCUCCUCGCGAGUGGGAUUGCGGCCCUGUCCGCCGCCGUCUUCUCUCUCUCCAGGCUACGUCUAACGUUGCUGCCACCGGUAACCGCUCUCCUGGAGCUUGAAUUGGAAGCAGAGUCGUGCGUGGUCUCCGUCAUGGCAGAGCUGCUUCCAAAAGUAGCAAAGUGCUUUAGCAUCCACACCUCCUCCUUUGAGCUCUGAAAUCCUGGGGUCCUGGUGGGGCUGCAAGAUAUUUAUUCGCUUCCAUCGUAAAAGGAAACCGAAGCUCUUGGAGAACUCACUGCUUCAAGGCGACACGGCACCUGAAGAGGAAAACAUCUUGUGUCAAGAUGUCAGGUAUUGGAAAUAAAAGAGCAGCUGGAGAACCUGGCACCUCCAUGCCACCAGAGAAGAAGACAGCUGUUGAAGAUUCAGGGACCACGGUGGAAACAAUUAAGCUAGGUGGUGUCUCUUCAACGGAGGAGUUAGACAUUCGAACAUUGCAAACCAAAAAUCGCAAGCUGGCAGAAAUGCUGGAUCAACGGCAGGCCAUUGAAGAUGAGCUCCGUGAGCACAUUGAAAAACUGGAGCGAAGACAGGCCACCGAUGAUGCCUCACUACUGAUUGUCAACCGGUACUGGAGUCAGUUUGAUGAAAACAUCCGUAUCAUCCUUAAACGUUACGAUCUGGAGCAAGGCUUGGGAGAUCUCCUCACAGAACGAAAAGCCCUGGUUGUGCCUGAACCAGAACCGGACUCUGAUAGCAAUCAGGAACGGAAAGAUGACCGAGAGAGAGGGGAUGGGCAAGAGCCAGCUUUCUCUUUCCUUGCUACUUUGGCCAGCAGUUCCAGUGAGGAGAUGGAAUCUCAGCUUCAAGAGCGUGUGGAGUCCUCCCGUCGAGCAGUGUCCCAGAUUGUGAUGGUCUAUGAUAAGUUGCAAGAAAAAGUGGAGCUCUUAUCCAGGAAGCUCAACAGUGGAGAUAAUCUGAUAGUGGAGGAUGCAGUGCAGGAGCUGAAUUCCUUUCUCGCACAAGAGAACAUGAGGCUACAGGAACUGACAGACCUCCUUCAGGAGAAGCAUCACACCAUGUCACAGGAGUUUUCCAAGUUGCAGAGUAAAGUGGAGACAGCUGAGUCCCGAGUGUCUGUCUUGGAGUCCAUGAUUGAUGACUUGCAGUGGGAUAUUGACAAAAUUCGAAAGAGGGAACAGCGACUCAACCGACACUUAGCAGAAGUCUUGGAACGGGUGAAUUCAAAAGGUUAUAAGGUAUAUGGCGCAGGGAGCAGUCUCUAUGGAGGCACAAUCACCAUCAAUUCCCGUAAGUUUGAAGAAAUGAAUGCAGAGCUUGAAGAGAACAAAGAGUUGGCUCAGAAUCGUCACUGUGAAUUGGAGAAACUUCGGCAAGACUUUGAGGAGGUCACGACGCAAAAUGAAAAGCUGAAGGUGGAGUUGCGGAGUGCAGUGGAGGAAGUGGUUAAGGAGACGCCGGAGUAUCGCUGCAUGCAGUCACAGUUCUCUGUCCUGUACAAUGAGAGCCUGCAGUUGAAAGCGCACUUGGAUGAGGCUCGGACCCUGCUUCAUGGCACCAGGGGGACCCACCAGCGCCAGGUUGAGCUCAUUGAGCGAGAUGAGGUUAGUCUUCAUAAGAAACUGAGGACCGAAGUUAUCCAGCUAGAAGAUACCCUGGCCCAGGUCCGUAAGGAGUAUGAAAUGCUGAGGAUAGAAUUUGAGCAGACCCUUGCUGCCAAUGAACAAGCAGGCCCCAUAAAUCGGGAGAUGCGACAUCUUAUCAGUAGCCUUCAGAAUCACAAUCACCAGCUGAAAGGGGAGGUCCUGCGGUAUAAACGGAAACUGAGAGAAGCCCAGUCUGAUCUGAACAAGACACGUCUGCGCAGUGGCAGUGCCCUCCUGCAGUCUCAGUCUAGUACUGAGGACCCCAAGGAUGAGCCGGCAGAUGUAAAACAAGAUGCUGAGGACUUAGCUGCUCAGACCUCUUCAUCAAAGACAUCGCAGGAGGAAGUCAACGAAAUUAAGUCCAAACGGGAUGAGGAAGAGCGAGAACGAGAAAGGAGGGAGAAAGAGAAGGAGCGAGAAAGAGAGCGGGAAAAGGAAAAGGAGAGAGAACGAGAAAAGCAGAAAUUAAAAGAGUCAGAAAAAGAGAGAGAUUCUGCUAAGGAUAAAGAGAAAGGGAAACAUGAUGAUGGAAGGAAAAAGGAAGCAGAAAUUAUCAAGCAAUUGAAGAUUGAACUCAAGAAGGCACAGGAGAGCCAAAAAGAGAUGAAACUCUUGCUAGAUAUGUACCGCUCUGCCCCGAAGGAACAGCGAGACAAAGUUCAGCUAAUGGCAGCUGAGAAGAAGUCUAAGGCAGAGUUGGAAGAUCUGAGGCAAAGGCUCAAAGAUCUAGAAGAUAAGGAGAAAAAAGAGAACAAGAAAAUGGCUGAUGAAGAUGCUUUGAGGAAGAUCCGGGCAGUGGAGGAGCAGAUAGAAUACCUGCAGAAGAAGCUGGCCAUGGCCAAGCAGGAGGAGGAAGCUCUCCUCUCUGAGAUGGAUGUCACAGGCCAGGCCUUUGAAGACAUGCAGGAGCAAAAUAUCCGUUUGAUGCAGCAGUUGCGGGAAAAGGAUGAUGCAAAUUUCAAGCUCAUGUCAGAACGUAUCAAGUCCAACCAGAUCCAUAAGUUGCUUAAAGAAGAGAAGGAGGAGCUGGCAGACCAGGUUUUGACACUGAAGACUCAGGUUGAUGCCCAAUUACAGGUAGUAAGGAAAUUGGAAGAGAAGGAGCAUCUGUUGCAAAGCAACAUUGGCACAGGGGAGAAGGAGCUGGGUCUUAGGACCCAAGCUUUAGAGAUGAAUAAACGCAAGGCCAUGGAGGCAGCCCAGCUUGCAGAUGACCUCAAAGCACAAUUGGAGUUGGCUCAGAAGAAGCUACAUGAUUUUCAGGAUGAGAUUGUGGAGAACAGUGUCACCAAAGAGAAGGACAUGUUCAAUUUCAAACGAGCCCAGGAGGACAUCUCUAGACUCCGGAAGAAGCUGGAUACGACAAAGAAACCAGAUAAUGGACCCAAGUGUGAUGAAAUUCUGAUGGAGGAGAUUAAGGAUUACAAGGCACGCCUGACCUGUCCAUGUUGCAACAUGCGUAAAAAGGAUGCUGUACUUACCAAGUGUUUCCAUGUUUUCUGCUUUGAGUGUGUAAAGACACGCUACGACACCCGCCAGCGUAAAUGUCCCAAGUGUAAUGCUGCUUUUGGUGCCAACGAUUUCCACCGCAUCUACAUUGGUUGAUCCAAGCCAAGAGAAGAAGAGGGACUGGCUAAACAGGCACUUACUCAUUAACCACUGAACCGCUACCUCUUCUUUCCUUGACUGUCAGCUACGGGGCAGUUUGCCCUUCGCAGACUUUCCUUCACAGACUUUACAUCCAGGUUCUCCUCUUUAGUAGCUAGAUAACUUCAGGGGAAGGACUGGGAAAUGCAGAUCUUGGAUUUUAGAAUGAAUUAGAUGCAAACAACUCUUACUUGUUAUCCUUACCAGCUUUGGUUAUUUCCUGCUUUUAGACUUUUCAACAUUUUCUUCUUCAGGCUUACUGUAUAAUCUUGGAUUGUCCAUUCCUCCUGAAGAAGUUGGUAUUUUUGAUAUGCAAAAAGGGAACAAAGUGUAGAGACGUGACUUGGGGGGUGGUGAUCUUUUAGAGGUAAGUGAUCUAUGGGCACAAACUUUUCUUGAUUUGGGUAGUAAACUUUUUGUAAACCUGAGUUAUAAAAUGGUGUGAUUGUGCUACUCUUUCCUGGAUGGUUCGAGGCCUUAAUGAAAUUAUGUCCAGGAUCAUUCAGUCCAUUUCCAAUUCACUAGCAAAAUAUCUUGUUACGGUCAGCUGGGUUGUUGAAGUUACUUAAGGUUUGAAUGUUUUACUCAUCGAAGUCUUUAAAUUUCUUAAGGCCAGAAUAAUUUCAAGUUAUACAGCCCCUUUAAUCUUAUAAUGAAAUCAGGACUGGAGAGGAUGGGGAACAUGACUGAAAUGGUAAAGAGAGCUUCUGGGAACUCUUAAGGACUUAUACAGGGAGGCCUUGGUGAGCUGUGAAUUACUCUUGUCUUCUCCACAGGGAUUGUUGUGAUCCCUGUUUUCCAGAAGAUUCUCUGUAAUGUGUCUGUAAGACUUUGUAUUUCACUUCAAUUAAAGCAGGAUUCAGUUUGC